CAGCCUAUAAAUAACCCCACCUUACUAUUUCCCUCUUCCAUUCCUUCUCAGACAAACAACAAACACCUUGUACGCAUUAAAAAAAAGGACCACCAAUGUCACUCGAACACGACGCAGCGGCAUCCAUGAAAGUCUUCGAGUGCAAGACCUGCAAUCGUCAGUUCCCGACUUUCCAAGCGUUGGGAGGUCACAGCGCCAGCCACAGGAAGACGAAACCGACGGCCGGCGAAGCGGAGGGGAAGUUGGGGAAGGCUAGGGUUCACGAGUGCCCCGUCUGCGGCCUCGAAUUCGCCGUCGGGCAGGCACUCGGCGGCCACAUGAGACGCCACCGGCCGAUGGCGAUGAAGACGGAGGAGAAGGGGAUGAUGUGGUUGGAUUUGAAUUUGGCGCCGAUGGAUGAUGAUACGGAGGUAUUCCGACUCGGCGAGACAAAUCCAACGAUGGAAUCAUUUGAACUGGGCAUGGCCCUGUGA